GACUGCAGGAACUGCCAAAACUCGUUUGUCAUUAACGCGUAAUGGGGAGCCAGGCUCAGGGCCUCGGAUCUGAUCAUGGCUCUAGUCCAGAGAGCGCCCGGGCCCGGCCGCCCGCAGCUCUGCCGCUCAGCCGGUGAUGCGCACGUCCGUGCGGCGGCGAAGCCGCCGGGCCCGCGCUGCCUCGGGCAGGAUGGCGAGCAGCUGCUCCUGCACCAGCAUCUCCACGAUCUGCUCCUUCGUACGGAUGUCGGGCCGCAGCCACUGGCGGGAGAGCUCCCGCAGCUGUCGGAACGCCUCCCGCGGGCCUGCCGCGUCCUGGUAGCGGAACUGCCGGAAUCGCUGGCGGAACGUCUCCGGGCCGGGCCGGGAGCCGGCAGGGCCUGGGGGGGAUCGCGGAGCGGCUUCGGCAAGCGGCGCGGAGGCCAGGGGUGCGGGCCCGAGGGGCAGUUCCAGGGCGGCGGCGGCCGCCGCGGGAGACGUAGGAUUCGCUUCGGGGGCCGCGGCGUUGAGGCUGGACGACUCGGGGGCAGGCGGUGGGGUCUCAGGAGUCGAGGAGGAGCCCAUGGAAUUACGCUCCGGGCCUGAGCUCAGGCCGGCCCCUUCCUCUUUCCCCGACAGUGGCGCGAGGCUCUCGGUUACUGACAAGCUUGGCUCACUCGCCGCCAUGACUCCAGCUCCGGACGUCACUCUUUGUCCGGCAGCUGUGGGCGCAGCACUGCGUCUGUGAGAGGGCGGAGUGAAGAGGGAGACGUUUCCGCUAAAGGGCGGAGCCCGCGCGACCCUGAGGGAGAGGGGCGGUGGGGACCCCCAGCCUACCAGCGCCAGCAAAGCGCCUGGGGCGGCCGGAAGUGGGCGUCCCGGCUAGCUUCUCUAUGGUGAGCUCGGCGCGCGAGCGUCCGGAAGCUGAGUCCGGGCUCCCGGAAGCGGCGCCCCCUCGCGUUCCUGAGUCUCGGCAGGAGGCUGUGGCUGCCGCAGGCCCGCCGGCCAGUCGAAGCGUGCAAUGGCUGGCUCCGGCUGGUGGCGCCUGCGAGCACCAGUUCGAGGAGGAGGAGAAGUCGAAGAGUCGGAGGAGGAGCCGGAGGAGGGGUCGGAGGAGGAGUCGGUGCCGGAGCCGCCGCUCAAGCGCAAGCCCAAGUGCAAGCCCAAGCCUAAGGAGAAGGGGCCCAGAAGGGUCCCUAUCCGCCUAGAUCGCUUCGGCUUGCAGAUGAAGAAAUCAAGAUACCAAGAGGCAAAGGACUGGUCCAAAAUCAAAAACCUAGGGCUGUACCAGCUCACCAUGGAUAUCAUUAUGAUGAACCGAGUGUGUAGAAUGUUCCGCCAAGGCCUCAGGGGAUUUCGGGAAUAUCAGAUCAUUGAGACUGCUCACAGAAAGCACCCUAUCUUCUCUUUCUGGGAUAAAAAGAAACAAGGCCGAGUCACAUUUGAUACCAUGGACUUCAUUGCAGAGUUGGGUCACUUCCCUCCAAGGGCCAUUCAGAUCACGCAGAAGAAGCCCGCUUGGAGGGCAGAGCGCGAGAUCCAGUCCCUCUGUAACCUCCUGCAGGUUCUGGAUAGUUACCGGAACUACUCGGAGCCCGUGCAGCUGCUCCUGGCCAAGGUCAUGCGCUUUGAACGGUUUGGUCGCAGGCGUGUGAUCGUCAAGAAGGGCCAGAGGGGCAACAGCUUUUAUUUCAUCUACCUGGGCACGGUGGCUGUGACCGAGGACGAAGAUGGCAGCAGUGCCUUCCUGGACCCCCACCCGACGUUGCUGCAAAAGGGCAGCUGUUUUGGGGAAAUGGGCUUUCUAACUUCUUCAGUGAGGAGGGCCACCGUGGUUUGUAUGGAAGAAACAGAGCUCUUGGUUGUUGACAGAGAGGAUUUCCUUGCUAAUAAACUGGACCAAGAAGUUAAAAAGGAUGCUCAGCAUCGGUUUGAAUUUUUUAGGAAGAUGGAUCUGUUUCACUCCUGGUCCGAUGAGAAGCUCUGGAAGCUCGUAAUCCUGGGGAAGAUAGAGAAGUUCUCAUACGGGCAGCUGAUCUCAAAGGACUUUGUAGAAUCGUCCUCCAUCGUGUUUGUGUGUAAGAUACAGAUGCGAUUAAAGACCCAUGAGAGUCUUUCCAGAGAGAACUGCUCAUGUGUGUUUCUCCAGUACCUGCAGUUCCCGGGCAGCUGUGAAGUACUGCAGUUGAUAAACCUUGCGACCUCGCCCUUCUACCACAAGUGGAUCUGGCAGCACCUGCAGCUGAUAGACAACAGACCUCCCAACACCCACCUCAAGGAUCUGUCUCCUGUGGAGAGAUUUAAGGAAUUCCAGAUCAGGUCAUAUCCUGUACAGGAUUUUAGUUUUCUGAAACUUCUGCAUCUCCGGAAAGCCCAGGAGCAACAGGGAUCCAGCUUCAGUAGGAAGAUUAAAACCUCAGGAAAUACUCUCCCAAAGACCUUGGGCUCAAAGAUCAAAUCCAGGUGUCCUCAUUUCAUCGAGUGUCCCAUGAUUGAUACGAAGUAUGGUGAUCUCCCCAAGGAGGCUGCAGUGGGGGCCUACAUGAAGAUCCACACCGUGGAGCAAGGAGAAAUCUUGGGCCUUCACCAGAUCCUCCUCCCGGAGAGCCAGCAUGACACUCGGCCCUUGAUCCUGGUGAGCCUGGGAGCUGAGGUGAUACGGGUUAGGAAAGAGAAGUUCUGUGAACUGAUUGACAGUAAGACAAUAGAAAAAUUGUCGAAGUUCGAGAUCAAGUACCCCAGCGAUGAAGAUGUGUGCCAGAAGUUCCUCGAGGAGAACAGCUGGAAUGUCUUCCGGAAGGACCUGAUGCGGCUGCUGGUGGAGCCUCGCCAGUGUCCACCAUUCACCCCAAUGCAGCCCAAGAAGAAAGGGAUCUACGGCCCCAAGGCUGUGACGCUGGAUUUGUGUAGCUUAGACAAGAAGACUAAACCUCAUCAUCCCAUUUUUAUGGCACCCCAGAAACACCUCCCCCCAUUGAGGAUUGUCCAAGCCAUUAUAGCACCCCGGUACAAAAUCCAAGAACUCCUGCCUCAGUAUAAGAAUGCAGGGGUCCUUGUUUAGAAUCAAUAAAAGA